UGGAGCCAAAAUAACACAAACACAGCAAUAAAAGGUGAGAACGACGAAGGAACUUCGGACGCAUGUCAGCAAUCCUCCUGACAUUUAUUGGAUCGCAUCAAAGGCACCUAGACUGUAUAAAUACUGAGUGACGAGUUCAGUCAGUCUCAGAUAUCAGGAUCACUGAGUUUUCAUCAUGAGGGUCUUUGCAGUAUUCCUUGCGCUGGCUGUCCUCUCAGGCUGCCAUGCGAGAAGCGUACCUCAGGAUGAGGGGAAGAACCCGUGGGAGGUCGCGGUGGAGAAGUUCAACGAUUAUGUCAUGGAUCUGAACUCGAAGGUCAACGAAGUGGUGACGGGCAUCCAGAGAUCCCAGAUCAGCCGAGAGCUGGACGGCCUGAUCCAGGACAGCUUGGCUGAGCUGGCCACGUACAAGGACGACCUGCAGACCAAGCUGGCCCCCUUCACCCAGGACUCUGCAGAUGAACUGGGCCGAGACCUGCAGAAGCUGACCGACAAGCUGGGAGAUCACAUGAGCGAGGCCCGGGAGCAGAUGGAGAAGUACGCCGAGGAGCUGCAGACCAUGAUGGAGCAGAACGCCGACGACGUCAGAGUCAGGGUCACCGCCUACAACCGCAAGAUGAAGAAACGCCUCAACAAGGACACACAGGACAUCAAGAGACAUGUCGUUGACUUCUUUGAGGACCUUCAGACCCGCAGCUCAACCAACAUGGAGAACAUGAAGACACGGUUGGACCCUUAUUUUGCUCAGGUUCGUGACAACGCCCAGGCGAAGAUCACCACCCUGAAUGAUCUGCUGAUGUCUCAGGCGGAGCAGAUGAAGGAGGGCAUCGAGAAAACUGCCGAAGACCUGCGGGUCACCCUGGAGGACAAGAUGAAGGAGGUGAAGGACUGGUUUCAGCCUUUUGUCUCCAUGAUCACUGGUAAUGAUCAACCUGUCAGCCUGUAAUCAAACAGUCUGGAACAUCUGUUUAUCCAUCACAUCCUGUAUCAAAACCACCUGUUUUAAAUAAAGAUACUCAGCUGUUUUAUCAUGAAUGUUCACCACAGUCUGAAUGUCUCAGUGUCACUGAAGGCCCUUCAAUAAAAAACAGUUGCUCACA